GUCGCGGGUGCGGUAGGAUGUGCGCGGGAUCGGUCGUGGCUGGGGCGCUGGCCGCCGUCGUCGCCGCGACGCUGGUCGGCGGCUCCCCAGACGUAAUCAACAUCGAACCUCACCUGUUCAAGUCCCUGGCUGACAAGCUGGGCGCCGAGCUGUGGGAGGUGGGCAGCUACGUGUCGCGCCGCCAGGAGAUCCAGGAUAGCUACAACAAGGAGAGUGGUGAGGUGCGAGCAGUGGAUGGUGAGAAACUGCUGGAGAAAAUUGCUGACAACAUACGCAACAUGACUGAAUCUAAGAUCAGCGCUAUAAAGCGAAUAAUGGACACGGCAGAGAACACUGCUAUGGCUCACCAGGAUGAUGAAGUUACUGAGUUCCCUUAUUACAAUGCCAAGAACCUUAGCAAGCCCCUCAAGCUCAAUGACACUCUCCCAGAAGGAUUCAGAGUGCUCAACCUGACACAGAAUAAACAUUUCUACAACAUGGAAGUCAACACUUCAUUCAGUGCUGUCCACGUUCCAACCAAUGUGUAUGAUAAAGCACCAGAUUUACUGAGAGCUGUGAAGUGGUCUGACAAAUUGGACUCUAUUUUCAUCAGCAAUUAUCAGAUGGAUCCGUCACUGUCAUGGCAGUACUUCGGCAGUUCCCUUGGCUUCAUGAGGCUCUAUCCAGCUGUGAAAUGGACACCAAAGCCUGCCGAAUUGGAAGUAGAUCUUUAUGACUGCCGUACAAGGCAAUGGUACAUAGAAGCUGCUGCAAGUCCAAAAGACAUUGUCAUUCUGGUCGACAGCUCAGGCUCAAUGACAGGCGUUCGGCGUGAGAUUGCUCGGCAGGUUGUCACAGACAUCCUGGACACCUUAGGCAUUAAUGACUAUGUUAAUGUAUUCAACUUCUCAGAACAUAUCACUGAAGUGGUUCCAUGCUAUUCAAAUCACUUGGUCCAGGCAACUUUACACAACAUUAGGGAACUGAAACGUGGUAUGGAGGAAUUACACACUGACAAGAUUGCAAAUUUCUCAGCAGUCCUGAUGCAUGCUUUUGAGUUACUGCAAUCUUAUCGUGAGAGCACAUCAGGAGCCCAUUGCAAUCAGGCGAUAAUGCUAAUAACAGAUGGUGCACCUUACAACUACAAGGACAUAUUUGAAAUGUAUAACUGGCACAAACAGCCUGAUGGUGAGGUUCAGAUACCAGUUCGAGUCUUUACGUAUUUAAUUGGUCGUGAGGUGGCAGAUGUUCGUGAGGUCAACUGGAUGGCAUGUGCUAAUAAAGGCUACUAUCAACACCUCAGCACACUUGCUGAAGUCCGUGAGAAAGUCCUCAUGUAUAUACAAGUCAUGGCUCGGCCGCUAGUACUGGGACGAACUGUUCACCCAACGGUCUGGACUCCUGUGUAUGCCGACGUUACGGACCCAAAAACAACUGACUGGCUUUGGGAAAAGAGGGAAUGUAGAAAGCAGAAAGAGAUAUUCUUAGCCUCUAGAGAAUACAAUUCAAAUAAAAGUGAAGAGCACCUACGACAAUAUGUGGAGAGCUUAAAAAGGGUUACAGAUGAAAAUGCAGAUGAAACUUCCUACCAACUUAUGACAUCUGUUGCAGUGCCUGUUUAUGAUCGGAGGGAAAAUGCAACAAAGAUAGCAGAUCUACUGGGAGUUGCUGGAACUGACGUGCCAAUUCAGGAAAUAAAAGACCUCAUGUUGCCUCACUUGUUGGGAGUAAAUGCAUAUGCUUUCAUGGUAACCAACAAUGGCCACAUACUUACACAUCCAGAUCACCGUCCAGCAUUCCAGGGCAUCCUGAAACCAAACUACAAUAGUGUUGACAUGACAGAAGUUGAACUUGAGAAUACUGACCGAGAGGCACGUGAUUUCAGUCCAAAGAUGCUGAAGCUCCGUGAGAACAUUAUAAAUCGAAAGAAAGGAAGUGAGGUGCUUAGUGUGAAGUACCAUUAUGAUGACAUGAAACGAGCAUCAGUGGACAGGAGGCAUUACCACUACUGUCCCAUAGAGAAUACACCAUUCUCCCUCGUUGUGGCCAUUCCUGAAAGGCAGAAAGUGCUCAUUGCCCAGAAGGAGUUACGUCGUGCAUGGUCUAUUGGUGAACGUGUGAGAAAAUAUUUUAGUGGGAAUAAUUGGAAACUUCAUCCGAACUGGGCUUACUGUAGGUACCACUAUGAAACAGAGCACACAAUGAGUUCUCCUGAGGAGCAGUUCAUGCACUUUCUCAAUCGCACUCAAGGAAAAUGGCAGUGGUUAGAUAAACGGACCGUGACUCCACCGGAGCAUGUUGCAUCACCUAACACACCAGCAGGAAAAACAGACAAACUCGCCAAGGAUUCAUAUUACUGUGACAGGGAUUUAUUCCAGGCUCUUGUUUUUGAUGCCAUAGCAACAGAAUCUUUUCAGCAGAAUCUGAGCAGUUUGCACAAGGAUGACAAAGGGAAAAAACAUGGACAUUACCAGAGAAGGAAGCAGUUCCAACAACGAUUUGGAGUGACACUGGCAUUUGUGGCAACUCGCAGUGGCUUGACUCGGUGGGAUGAUAUUGUGGGGCCUCAAGAUUCUUCACAACCGCACUUCAGUGAAAUACAUAAUCGUGCUAUAGAUGAGGUGUGGUAUAAAAGAGCAGUUGAACAUCACUAUGAAAAUAGCAAGAGUUUUGUCUACUCUGUACCAUUUGAUGCAGGUGAGAAGAAUGGAAGCCUGGUGACAGCCAGUCACGCCAUAUUCCACUCAAAGGAUCAUCUCAGUGCCCCAGCUGCAGUUGUUGGUUUUCAGUUCCAGCACUCAGCUCUUUCAACAUUAUUCAGGAAUAUAACAUACAGUUGUUUAGACGUUCUACCAAACUGCACUAGGAACAGAACGUGUGCAUCAGACAUUUUGGAAUGCUACCUCCUGGAUAACAACGGAUAUGUCGUCGUUUCUGAAAAUCACAGAGACACGGGAAAGUUUUUUGGUGAAGUCCGACAUUCAGUUAUGAAUCAGCUGAUAGAGCAGAAUGUGUUCCAAAGUAUACACAUUUUUGACUAUCAAGCUGUGUGUUUCAGACCAAAGUCAACAGACAAUGCAGCAUCAUUUCGCAUCACACCCUUGACACACUUUUUAAAGCUGCUAGACUGGUUGAUUGGAAAUGUUGUGUGGUUAGCAGCUCAUACAAACUUACAUCUCAUGUGGCUGCAAGAUGAUGUGGCUGCUACAGCUAUUUCUGGGGCAUCUUCACAGCCUGAUCCAGGAGAUGAAGAGUAUAGAGAUGAAGAUGAUGAAGAGGAAAACAUUGUGUCAUCUGAAGGUGGGAAAACACCUGAAAAGCAGUAUGAAAAGUGGACUAUCAAACGAACACGUCCACAACCUUGCGACAUGGAGGUGACAUUAUAUAAACUAAAUAGGUCACUUCCACGAAUUUCACAUAGUAUCACCAGUAAGUGUGCAAGACCUUUUGAUAUCCAAGAAGUUCAGUUGAGUAAUCUGGUGCUGGUGGUUGUGAACUCACUAUGCGUAACAGACGACAGUACUCGUAUCAGUACAAUGCCAGUGGAGGUAUCAUACAAUACGACGCUAGCAUGCUACAAAGAGUGGCACGCACUGCACAGGCGGAGGCCUCCUUUUUGCAUAAACAACCAUACGCAGGAGAAAGAAGUUGAACUGUGUGGAGAUGCAAGCCACCUUUGGGUUUCGUAUGUGAUGCUUGCUUUAAGCUGGGCAGUUGCUGGCUUUAUCUCGUAAUAUGGGAAAUAACAGAGAAGUAACUUAUUGUCUGUGAUAUUUUGACUGGUGCAGAAUCUCCAGUAUGUAUUUCAAUGCUACACUCAGCAUUUUACAUGUUCAGGAGCUCAAUGUAUACAUAAAUAUUUCACAUUUAACUUGCAUCUAUACUAUUUCUGAUGCAUUACUAGUACUAAAUUUAAUACCAAAAUCUAUUUAUGUUGCAAAUGUAUCUUCCGAACUGUUAACACUUAAUUAUGUUAUUGGCUAUAUUUUGUUAUGUGAACAAUUGAUUGAAUUUGUGGUGAGAAUUUUUAUAUCAGUUUUUGAAAUGUAACUAUUUAUGAAAUAAAACAUGUAAUAUAUCUUGUUGUCAUGUGUACAAGCACAGCAAAUAUACUCAACUUUGUAAUUUGAACAUGAGGGUGUUCAAAAACAGUGCAAGACUACAAAUAUUUUUCUCAGAUAAAUCAUUUUUCAAAACUGACACACAGUAAUGGUGUGGUGCCAGGUGAAGAUUAUUGAAACUACUUGACUUGUACUGUUGCUUUCCCUCGCUUUUUAUGAUGUGAUGUAAAAUUGUGGUUGCCAAUGGUCCAUAGACAGAAAAUAUUUGACUGUCAUUCAUGAGCCUCCAGAUUACUGUUUUUAUCAUGUCAACAGCCAGUAAU